UCCUCAGGAAGAGAAUUACAGACAUGGAUAUCAGAGAAGAAAUCAUGCAGCAAGUGAGUGGUAUCUACACUAAGGUAGUUGCCAUUGCAACAGAUGCAUGCAGUGCUGUUAUGGAAAUAAUUCAAACCAUCUUUAAAGAUCAGGCAAUUGUCACUGAGUUGAAGCAAAUCUGUGAUGGAGUCAAGACAGGACUGAAAACAGCUGAAUUUGAGAUCCCAUCUUUCACUUUCCCACUCACUGACCUUGUUGUACCCUCCAUAAAAAUAAGUUUAGAGAAGCUGCAGGAAUUCAGCCUCCCUUCUACAUUGAUUGACCUUCCAGAGUUUAUUAUUCUGCAAUAUUACACAGUGCCACCAGUCAGAAUAGAGUAUGAUGAUAUCAGGCAGGGACUAUUAGACCUAUUAAACUUCAUUGCCAAUUAUGAAAGGCCAUCUGUUGAUGACAUCUUUGGCGACCUAAGAAUUAUCUACCUGCCUGACAUCUCUGCCAUCACACUGCCAGAGAUCAGUCUUCCAGAGAUCUCCUUCCCUGAAAUUCCCAAAUACUCUCUGGAGCACAAAUUAUCAGACCUGCAGAUCCCAGAAUUCACUCUCCCUGCAGUCCCUAGUGAGGUCAUGAUACCCUGCUUCGGAAAGCUUUAUGGUGAGGUUAUGGUCACUAUUCCAAUUUUCAACAUGAGAACGACCAUGGAAUUCUUAAACUCUACUGAAAGUGCAGAAACCCCACAAUUCACAGGGCACAUAACCUCACAUGGAUCAUCUGAAUAUGACAUUCUUAAAUAUACCUUGGAUUCCACAGCUCGGCUUGCCAUCCCUAAGAUGAGUCGUGUGAUUGUUGCUGAAACCCUGAAGAUCACUCACAGUAUCCUAGCAUUUGACCAUCAAUCCUCAGUGUCACUCUACGGCUUCUCAGCCCAGGCUGUGGCCAAGAGUAAUAUGAAGAUAACUAUUGCCUCCCUUACUGCUAACAUUCUUAACAAUGCUUUCUUCGCACUGGAGGAUGGAAUGUCUGCAAAUAUUAAAACAGAAUAUACUGACAAGGUAAGAAUUCCUGCGCUUUCAUGGAACAGUGACCAUUCUUACACUAAUGAGGUCACUCUUAAGCAGGAUGGUUUAAAAAUCCUUCUGACGAUGACAGAAGAAGCCAAGGGCCAUAUAUCUGUGCAAGAUGAUUCUGAUGAUUUCACCGCCAAGAGUAUCUCAACUAUAAUUAUUACUCCAACAACAGCCACACUAACAAUUUCUACAGAUGGCGAAGUAAUUUCUACAGAUGUCGAAUGUGGAUCUUUAAAGUUUAAACAGAAAAUAAAUGCUGAAGGUGUUGCCCUGAAAUACUUCGACUUUAAUGCCCAUAUUGAAGGAAAUUAUGAUAGCGGAGAAAAUUACGUUCUAAUUGCUUCUGGAAAGGCUAAUCUCAGAGAAAUGAAGGUAGAGAUGAAGGCAGCCUAUGACACAAAGUUCACUGGAUUGCUCAGUGGUACAUUUUCUAGUUCCUCCAACAUCUUAGUGCAACCCUUUGAGAUGAUCCUUGAUUUCCAAAACAAGGCUAAUACUAAACUCAGCUUCAAAGACCCUCUGACUGCAAAGAUUGAUCUCCAGAAUGAUUAUGCUCUUAUCUUAAAUACUGACAUGCAGAAGUUGAGUACUGUGGCAAUUGCUCGUUUCAACCAGUACAAAUACAGUCACAACUUUACAGCUGCCAACAAUGGAGAUGAGGCUGGCAUUUAUGCUGGAGUAAAUGAAGAGGCCAAUUUGGAAUUUCUGACAGUUCCAUUCAGCAUCCCACCUAUUGAGUUUGAAACAUUGAUUAUAAUUUUUAACACUCCAGAAAUCAGCAACAUCAACCUAUAUGAACAUACUAGACUUAAGCAUUUGUUGACCAACUUUGACCAGGCUAUUGAUGUAGAUGCAAAGAUUGUCUACCAGAAGAGUAAAGCUGCACCCAUUAUUGAUCUUGGUCUCAUUAACAUCCAUCCUCUGGGUGAUUUAAUCUCUGAAGUGUCAUUCAAGUCCUCUAUAUUCAGCCUUAAUGCUAAUGCUGGUAUCUAUGGGAAAGAUAACCCUGUAAUUCGAUUUGGAGCAAUUACUGCCUCUGAGUUUGAGGGACUGAAAUCUAAGCUUGAAGGAACCAGCAGUCUGAGCACCAAAAGUGGAUUAAAAGUAGCCAAUUCUCUGCUCCUGGAAAAUCGCCACAUUGAAGGAACCCAUGAAAGCACUGUAACCAUAAACACAGAUAACUUUGAAGUUGCACUGUCUGCAACCACAACUGCAAAGAUUAACCUACCUAUUCUUACAGCUAAAGCCAACCACCAAUUUACUGCUGACAAUAAGGCCCAUCCAAAAGCGGAUUUAACUUUUAAGACAGAGUACACAUUUGACUUUCCCAUUAUUAAGCUUGUUGGUAAGGGAAAUGCUGAAAACAUCUUAAAAGGUGAAGGAACUCAUACAUUUAUCUCUGCUGAGACUCUCAUAAAGGGUACCAUUGAUGGAACAUUCCUAGAUAGUGGUAUUGUAAAGGGAGCUAUUAAUUAUGACGAAUCUAUCUAUCUGAAUGGCAACAGUUUGCGAUAUGCUUUAAAGACUGUUGCCGAUGGCAACCUGAAUUAUGGAAAUCUCAAGAUAGUGUUUGAUGUUGAUGAACACCUGUCUGUGGAAACUGCUAUGGAACGUGUUUAUGCUAUGCUGAAGUUUUCUUCCAAGAAUGAAGCAAAUAUUGGAGGUUUUAACACAAAGGGAGAUCAUACUGGCCAGGCUACAGUUGAUCUGGAUUUGCUAAAGUCCCUGGUGGCUGUAAUGAAAAUUCACUUGUCUCAACCAAGCACAUUCGGUGACCUUAGGAUCUCUGAGAUGGUGUUGGCGGAGCUUAGUGUAUCCAAGCAGAAAAUUGAUUACACCUCAAAGAUCAUCUCUCCAGUAUACACCACAGGUGUUGCUGCUAAACUAGAUGGUAGUACACCAUUCUACAAAACUGUUCUCAAGGCUACAGCCACUUCACCAGUUGUUUUCCUGAGGUACAAUUUUGACAGCUUCAUGAAUACUACAAUGGAGAAUGGUGUCCUUGUUGUCGGAGCAAAUGCUGUUCUUACACUUGGUGACUUUACUAUGGACUUCAGCAAUGUUUUUCGUAUGGGUGAUCCUAGCCAUACCAUGAAUGUGGACAUCACCAGCCCAGCAUUCACAGAUGUAAACUUUCUCUACGCUGCUCAAAGCGAUGGGGUAAGUGCCUCAGUUUCCACACCAACAACUGGCCACCUUGGCUUCCAGCUUCAAGGAAAGAUUCCAUCCGAGAUUAAUGCGAGGAUCUACAGCCGUUAUGCAUCUGGCCCAGGAGAUGAUGUUGAAAUUCUGAUCAUCAGAGCAGUACCAAAGGGAAAUGAAAAAGUACUGUUGGUCAGCUACAAUUUACUGGCCACACGUGAUAUGGGUGAAGGCUUGAUAGAGAGGCUACAAGAUAUACCAUCCUGUGUUCAAGGAUUUGCUGAAAAAUAUGGAAUUGAUGAUGCAAUAAAUAGACUGUUUAACAUUGUUCAAAAAAUUGAAAAUAUUUUAAGAGUUGACCGCUCUUCUUAUUCUGGGCAUAGUGAGUUGUCUAAACUUUUCAGAAGUGUAGUUGUUACAUACCAAAAGACUAUCCAGGUCCUGCUUGAUGCUGCCAUCAACUUCCUGAGAGAGACAAAAUAUAAAUUGCCUGGAAUGGACGAAGCUACUCUGCCUGAAAUCUGCAUCAAAAUCCGAUUUAUUUUUGCAGAAAUGUUGGAGAAACUCGCUAACAAUCAGGAGAUAUAUUUCUCUACUCUAAUGGAAAACUUCAGCACAGUUGAAAUGACAUUUUCCUCUGGAAAGGUCAUGACUGUAGCCGAGGUGCAAGAAAAUGUGAAAAGUACCCUGAGAAGUCACCUAGCUAUGAUAGCAGGUGUGAUGAAGCAAGCAGAAGGCCUUGAUGUGUUUCUUGAGAAACUAGGACAGACCCUUCAAGAGAUGGUUGAUAAAGCACAAGAAUUUGUGGAAAGCAUUAAGUCUGACAUCUUAGAAACUGUUGUUGCUCACCUUAACACUUUCUACAAUAAGCUGCUGCAGACCUUAGAUGAACUGACUACAGCGUUUGCCAUCUUUGUUUUGCUGCCUAUAAGUAUAUUUUAUAGCAACAUUUUGACCAGUUUGGAUGAAUUAUUUAAUGCAAAUAAUGGAAUACAGCAAAUUGAGUUUCCGUUGCCUUUUUUUCAGUAAAUUGAUCAUUCUAAACAAACAGCGAAUGAAAUAAACACUACCGUCUUUUGGAAAGAGCAUUCUUAAAUGGACAUAGCAGCCAAUGUACACUUAACUGAAGUGUAACAGCAACAUGUAUAUAAAGCAAUCACUGAUGCCAUAAAUGUCUCAUUAUUAUGCUGUUGUAUUAUUCUGUUUGUAUAAAUGAUUAUUCAAAUACUAACCUUGGUACAAAAAUGUCAAUUGUGACGUAUAGUUAAUGGCAUGAUGGAUGAAGCUAAAUAAAGAACUUUUAUUAUGCAA